UCUAUAUACCUGACUGGUACACCGCGCAAGGUAACACCGAACCUUGCCUCCGCGCUACUUCAUUUACGAGAUCCCGAGAAGUCUUUAACUCUUUGGAUCGAUGCUGUUUGUAUCAACCAGGAAGAUUUGGCGGAGAAGGGGCACCAAGUGGGUCAGAUGAGGCACAUCUACGCCUGCGCCGAAAAAACCUGCGUCUGGCUUGGACCAUCCUCCGACAAUAGUGACGUUGCUAUGGAUUUUAUAGCCAAUUCGGGCUCAAUAAAUGUCAAAGAUCCAAGGUUUAGCGGAAAGGACGUUCCUUCCUUGGCUUUAUCGGCGCUGUUCGCCCGCACUUGGUGGAGUCGAAUCUGGGUAGUCCAGGAAAUAUUCCUCUCGAAAAAU